UCUGAGCCGAAUUUCAAUAGUAGAAGAAGAAGACCCCCCUUCGCCCGGCUCCCUGGACCGUAAUCGACUGAAACGUAUUAGCUGCGUGCUACAAACGAGCCUCUAACUGGACACAAAAUGAUUUGUGCUUUGCAAACGCGCGUGAUAAGUUAACUGGUGCUGAAUAUCCGAAGACGCGCCGAGCACGUUGACUAAUAUUAGUUCACAGUCACGAGGUAGAAAAGCCACCAACGGAAGUUCCCGGUCAACUUUAGCGCACAUGCUAACGCUGGCUGCUGUGCGUGAAGCGGGAGCUCGUUGAGGGACCGCUGCUGCUGUCCUGUCAGCGCCGGAGGAUGAAGGUGAAGAUCCGCCAGUGGAGCGGGGUGGCCUCCUGGCUGUGGGUGGCCAACGACGAAAACUGUGGGAUCUGCAGGAUGCCCUUCAAUGGCUGCUGUCCGGACUGCAAAGUGCCAGGAGACGACUGCCCGCUGGUCUGGGGUCAGUGCUCCCACUGUUUCCACAUGCACUGCAUCCUGAAGUGGCUGAACUCGCAGCAGGUCCAGCAGCAGUGCCCCAUGUGCCGACAGGAGUGGAAGUUCAAGGAGUAAACCCGUGGAGGCGGCGCCGCAGAGACUCUCACAGACGCCCGUCGGCGUUUCAUUUGUUUCAGCUGUAAAUAAUUAGUUUACAUAGGGUUUUUGUACGUUUCCGCCUGAUCAAAUGCACACGACAUUUGGAAUACAAUUCGGUAUUCUGCCCUUUGAUGUUGUAUGUAUUUAAAUAAAUAAAAAAAACUCCGUCACAUACA